GAUUCGUCAUCGCAAAAAGCCUUGGUCGUGGAAAAGCGAUUUAUCAUCACAAAAAGAUAAGCGGAUUGUGUGGAUCGUGCGUGGGUUAGAGAACUCUAUUAUUCUACCGUCAGUUGGGGUGACAUUGGACUUAGAGGGAACAUAGGGCAAAAAGAUUUGUAACGGGUUUUAUAGAGCAUCUUUUAAUGAUUAUAAACCAACCCAACAACAGACUAAAACAACAAAACUUUCUUUUGGAAUGAACAAAAACAGGUUCGUUUUAGAAUGGGCCAAAAUACACAUGGCCCAUAGUCACCCCCACCGACGGUUUUUACUAUAGAUUCCACAUACAUUGAAGCGGGUUGAGCGCGGAGAAGAAUCGAGAAAGAGCUACCGCAAGAGAGAGCGAGCUUUUUUGAUUAGCUCAAGUCAAGUCUUGUAUCUCGUUGGUGUCGGACGUGUCGCCGGAACGUAGGAUCCCUUUUGAAACCGGCUAAACUGUGUAAUAGCUUCAUUCUGUUACGUGAUUUGUUCCGUUGUCCAUCAGCCAGUGUGGUUGGAUAAAUUUGUAGAUGCGUACCGAAUGAAGUAAAACUAAAUCUCAUACAAAGAGGGGACUACAAACGCAUCCAUUACAAAAUGUCCAGCAUAAAGAACGUGGUCGUCGUAGGCGCCGGAACCAUGGGAUCGGGCAUCGCAUUGGUUUCAGCCGCCACCGGUCACUCCACCAGUGUGGUCGAUUUGAACGCGCAGGUGCUGGAAAAGGCGCGUGGGGAAAUCGAAAAGAAUGCCGCCCGCUUGGGGCGCAAAUUCUUCAAGGAUGAUCCGCAGGCGGCCGGUGCACUCGUUGCGGAAACUCUCGGUAGGGUGAAGUAUUGCGCCGAGUUGGAGGCGGCGGUUCGGGAGGCCGAUCUGGUGAUUGAAGCGAUCGUGGAGAACGUGAAGAUCAAGCAGGAACUUUUCAAGAAGAUUGAUGAGAUCGCUCCUCAGCAUACAAUUUUCGUGAGCAACACUUCGUCGCUGUCAAUCGUGGAGUUGGGUAGCGUGACCAAGCGCGAGGAUCGCUUCGCCGGGUUUCAUUUCUUCAAUCCGGUGCCGCUGAUGAAGUUGGUUGAGGUGAUUAAGACGGAUAAGACUUCGGAGGAGACGAACGCGAGUUUGUUGGCUUUCGGAGGUGCCCUUGGGAAGACUUGUAUUAGCUGCAAGGACACUCCGGGUUUCAUCGUAAACCGGUUGCUGUUGACGAUCAUUUCGGAAGCACUUGGAAUGCUGGAACGUGGUGACGCUAGUUUGAAGGACAUCGAUACAGCGUUAAAGUUGGGACUGGGUCAUCCCAUGGGGCCGUUUGAGCUGAUGGACAUGAUUGGGCUGGAUGUUACGUUGAAUAUUAUGCAGGAACGACAGGCGCGAAAUCCUAAUGACUUAUCGCUAAGGCCAAGCCCCACCUUGGUGAAGUUAGUUUCGGAAAAUAAACUUGGCGUUAAAAAUGGUGAAGGAUUCUUCAACUACAAGUAGACUGAUUAUGCAUUUAUAUUAACUUACACUUGGUUUUGGGAAGCUAUUUUUUGUUAAAUUUUGAAAAUAUAUAUCGAGCAACGGUGCCGCAAACACA